AUGGAGCCCCUUGCUUCACUGAGUGUCUCUAAAAAAGGCGCCUUGACCUGGGUGGAGAAUUAUGGACUCAAGGAAAAAGCGAAAUGGCUCAAACUUGACGGGCAUAAAUCGACUAAAGCAAGCCCCUACUUCAAGCUGCCCGAUGGUCGCAUUGGUUUUUUCAUCGCCUACCACGCAGUCGUUUUGGGGAACGGAAUCACCGUUUUGCACGAUCUCAGAGACUACCAUGAUUCGAGAAUCUUUACCGGUGCAAGGCCGAUCGAUUCGCCAACAUCCAGCGACGAUGAGAUACCACCCAGUUACGAGGAUGCGAUCGGCGGCGAGUACCAAUAG